AUGGACACGCUGCGCAGGAGCCUCUCCCGCUGGAAGAGGUACCACAUCAAGGUGCACCUGGCUGAUGAGGACAUGAUGAUGCCCUUGACAGUCAAGCCCAGGGACACGGUGAUGGACCUCCGGGCUCACUUGGUGCGGGAGGGUGUCACUUCCUGGAAGAAGACCUUUUAUUACAACUCCAGGCAGCUGGAGGAGCAUGAGACUCUCAAAGAGGCCAACAUCCAGAACGGCUCUGUCCUGCUUCUUGUCAGCAAUAAAAGGUAG